CCCAAAUCCAUGGCGCUCUUCUUCUAGCCUUCUUCUUCAGUUAUAUUUCACAGUUCAUAUAGUGUUCUUCAAUUCUGCAGUUCUUGGUAGACCUACGGAAGCGCCUUCACUGAUCAACGAUAGAGAUGGCGGAUAAAAAGAGGAAAGAAAGAGACAGUAGCAGUAUUAGUGGUGGUAAGAGAAAGAGUUUGCCAUCCAGGUCAGGAUACACUGGAAAACCGAAGCAGAAAAGAGGAGGUGAUAAGAUAACGAAAAGAGUUGGGCCACAACUUCCGAAUUCGCUCCGCAAGGAGAUUAACCUCUUAGACAGCGGUACUCACUCGAAUUCUGAAGACGAGGAUGUGAAAUCUGAUGAAUUAGAUGAAUUGUAUGAAUACGAAGAAGAAGUUCCAGAGGAAGAAUCCAAGAAGAAUCGCCGAUUCGAUUACGUGGAGAACUUUGAAUACGAGCUACCGGAAGAGUUUGAGGAUGAGAAUGUGGCCUCUGAUGAAGAUGAUGUGGAAAAGGAGGGAGAAGAUGAAGACGGUGAGGAAGAUGAAGGCAGACAUGCAAGGAUGCUUCAAGGAGUUACUGGAUUGCCAAUUGAAGCGUUUCAAGGCAAGAAAAAGAAAAAUGAAACUGUAAGAUCAGAGGCGUACACAGAGUCUGAAUAUAAUCCAAGUAGUGAUGUUCUUGAAGGGGAUGGUCAUAUUAGCAUCCAGGAUCUUUUGGAUCCUUUACAUGGGAAAUCUGGUUUUAGCAAACUUAGAAAAGGUGUGCAAAGAAUGGAAAAAAAAGCUGUCCCAGUACAUGCUCCACUUCCAAGAGUUGAUCGGGAAAAGUUGGAGAGGAAGGUUGCCUAUGAACAAUCAAAGAAAGUUAUUACCAUGUGGGAGCCUUUGGUCAAGAAGCAUAGGGAGGCGCCGACUCUCUUUUUUGAAGACGACAAAAAUCUGGGCUUUUCAACUGUAGGUGCAAUUGCUUCUGAAUUUGAACCGAGAACUGAGUUUGAGAAGAAAAUGGCUUCCAUAGUUGGUGAUAACACGCUCAUGGAAGCUCACCAGAAAGAUGGUGCAAGAUUGUUAGAACUGAACAAGCUAUCUGUUGAAGAUGUGAAGGAUCAUCAAGACCGUCUUGCUAAAAUGCGUAGUCUUUUAUUUCGGCAUGAGUUGAAGUCUAAACGGAUAAAGAAGAUAAAGUCCAAAACAUAUCAUCGCUUGUUAAAGAAAGAUAAGUUGAAAGCAGCCGCCGAUGGAGUUUCAAUGGAUCCUGAAGCUUCAAAAGAACUUGCAAUGAAGCAAGAGAUGAAAAGGGCUGAGGAGCGAAUGACAUUGAAGCACAAAAAUAACUCUAAAUGGGCAAAGCGAAUAUUAAAGCGUGGUUUGGAUGUCCAAGAUGAUGGAACACGUGCUGCAAUAUCUGAGCAGCUUCAUCAACAUGCAUUGUUAACAAGAAAAAUGAAUUCUAUGAAGGACUCUAGCAGUGAUGAGGACAGUAGUGAAGAUGAUGAUGAUGAUGACGAUCUGGAUGUCACAAAUCAGGACGUAUCAACUAAAUUAUUGGAGAAAGCAAAAGCGAAGACUCUCAAAGUGUUAGAAGAUGCUGAUGAUGCCCCUAAGUCAGGGGUCCUUUCAUUGCCCUUCAUGGUUAGGGGAUUGAAAAAGAAAAGAGACGCAGCGGAAGAAGAAGCAAAGCAAGCUAUUGAUGACUUUGAAGCUUCCCUAAACCAAUUGGAGGAAGGAACAUCUGUAAAGGUUGCAAAGCCAGAAACCUCGAGUGGUCGACGGGUUUUUGGUGCUACUAAAAAGAAGGUUGAAGUCACAACUGAAAAGAGCAAAGUGGACAAUUUCUACGGAAAUAGUGAUAGUGAGGACGAUUUGGAAGUAAGACAGAUUCCUAGUAAUGAAGAUAAUAACGGCGAUAAAAAGGAAGUUCACAUUGACCUGGAUUUAUUGAAUGAAGGAACUGAGAUUGUUCAAGAUCCUUUAUUCAAGGAUUUCGAAGAUGUCGUCAAAGAUGCAUCUUCCAAGACUUCUUAUGAAGUUGCUAUCUUUGCUUCAGACACAUGGCAGAAGAAGAAAAAUAUCCCAAAGAAGGCUAGCAAAAAUACCGAAAAGAGAGUCAAUGUGCAAAGUGCAGCAGUUUUGCCUGAUCAAGAAGAUGCAGAGGAAGUAGACAACAGUAGUGAUUCCGAGAGCGACGGACAAUUGGAAGAUAGAAAUUUGAAUAUGAGCACCAAGCCAACAUAUAAGCUUCCCUCACAAGAAGAAUUGAUACGUCAAGCUUUUGCAGGAGAUGAUGUUGUAAUGGAUUUUGAGAAGGAUAAAGAGGGGAUGCUGAAUGAGGAAGUUCCUGAACCAGAGAAACCUGUUUUGCUCCCUGGCUGGGGUCAAUGGACAGAUGUUCAACAGAAGAAAGGGUUACCUUCUUGGAUGGUGGCAGAACAUGAAAGUGCGAAAAAGAAGAGAGAGGACGUUCUUAAGAAAAGAAAGGAUGCUCAUCUUAAGCACGUGGUUAUUUCUGAGAGAGUUGAUAAGAAGGCUGAAAAGCUACAAACAAAGACCUUGCCAUUCCCAUUUACAUCUAAUGAAGCCUUUGAGCAAAGCAUCAGAAUGCCGAUUGGACCUGAAUUCAAUCCAGUAACAACAAUUGGUGCUCUAAAUCGACCAGAGAUUGUGAAGAAAACAGGAAUGAUCAUUAAGCCCAUUAAAUUCGAGGAAGUGAAUACCAAUGAGAAAGCAGAUGAUCACAAAAGAAAAAGAAACGAGAAAUCAGAUGAUCACAAAAGAAAAAGUAAGACGUCCAAAGGAAAUGGGGGUGCCAAACAUCCAAAAAAGCUGAAGGCUAAAGGGAUCAAAGUUAUGUGAUGACAAACAAAACUUUUAGACAUGAUGAAAAUUGUCAAAUUUCAGAAACUGUUCUCAGAUCUUGAGGUUCGUUUCAUCAAGUUUUGCCAAGAAAUAUUAUAAUGUAAUAGUAGUGACUAAUCUUGUGAUGCUAGAAAAGGCAAAUAAUUUAUUUGAGGCUGCAUCGUUAUUAUUGAACUCAUACAUCCAAAUUUAAAUUUGUUAGAUUCAAAAUAUUGUUUUGUUUGUUUAAUAUAAUUGGGAUUGUUAUUCU